GCAGCGGGGCGUGAGGGCAGCCCCGCGCCUACAGACUCUAGCGGCUUCUUCGGGGCUUCGGCCUCAGCGAUUUCUGUUAACUUUGUUCCUGAUGCGUUUUUAUCUACUCUGCUUCGUCAGGCGCCGAGGCUGAGAUGAGCAGGGACCUCAGGGGCAGGGGGUGUUCCCGGGGACGGGGCUUCCAGGGCUGGCGAGGAGGCUGGCGGGGAGGCUGGCGAGGAGGCUGGCGGGGAAGGGAGCGGAAGGUGGAGUGGAAGAGACAGCCUGAGCCUGCAAGUUCUCGACUCGUUCAGUCAACUUUGGACCAGUUUAUUCCAUAUAAGGGCUGGAAGCUUUAUUUCUCUGAAGCUUAUGCUGACAAGUCACCUUUUGUCCAGAAGACACAAGCCUUUGAAAAAUUUUUUAUGCAACGCAUUGAACUUUAUGAUAAGGAUGAAAUAGAAAGAAAGGGAAGCAUCCUUGUGGAUUAUAAGGAACUGAUAGAAGAUAGAGAAUUGACUAAGUCAGUACCAGAUGUAUCUACUGAGUUACGGGAUAUGCCUCAGAAAAUAUUGCAAUGCAUGGGUCUGGCAAUUCAUCAGGUGCUAACCAAGGACCUUGAAAGGCAUGCUGCAGAGCUGCAGGUGAAGGAAGGGUUACCACUGGAUGGACAGCCUAUAAUAAAUGUUCCUCUCAUUCAUGCCAGACUGUACAACUAUGAACCACUAACUCAGCUGAAAAAUGUUCGGGCCAACUGUUAUGGGAAAUACAUUGCCUUGCGUGGCACUGUUGUACGUGUCAGUAACAUUAAGCCUCUGUGCACUAAGCUAGCCUUUGUAUGUGGCACAUGUGGAGAUGUUCAGAGUGUUCCUCUGCCUGAUGGAAAGUAUACUCUUCCAACUAAGUGCCUUGUUCCUGAGUGCCGUGGCCGGUCAUUCACCCCUGACAGGAGCUCUCCUUUGACUACCACAGUGGACUGGCAGUCUGUUAAGGUUCAGGAGCUCAUGUCAGAUGAUCAGCGAGAAGCAGGCCGAAUCCCUCGCACGAUUGAAUGUGAGCUGGUUCAAGACCUUGUGGACAGUUGUGUCCCAGGAGAUGUGGUCACAAUUACAGGGGUAGUUAAGGUGUCCAGCACCGAGGAAGGAGUGUCUAAAAAUAAGAAUGACAAGUGUGUGUUCUUGUUGUACAUUGAAGCAAAUUCUGUCAGCAACAGUAAAGGACAAAAAACAAAGAAUUUUGAGGAGGAGACUUUUCAACGAUCAUUCAUGGAGUUUUCACUUAAGGACCUCUAUGCUGUUCAAGAAAUUCAAGCUGAGGAAAAUCUCUUCAGGAUUAUUGUGAACUCUCUUUGUCCUGCAAUCUACGGCCAUGAGAUUGUAAAGGCAGGUUUGGCCCUGGCCUUGUUUGGAGGAUGUCAGAAGUUUGUCGAUGACAAGAACAGAAUCCCGGUGCGAGGAGAUCCGCAUGUUCUGAUUGUUGGAGAUCCAGGAUUAGGAAAAAGUCAAAUGUUGCAAGCAGUGUGUAAUGUUGCUCCUCGAGGUGUGUAUGUUUGUGGUAAUACUUCCACCAGCUCUGGCCUGACUGUUACGCUGUCUAGAGAUGGUGCUUCUGGAGAUUUUGCCUUGGAAGCUGGUGCUUUAGUGCUUGGAGAUCAAGGUAUUUGUGGAAUAGAUGAAUUUGAUAAGAUGGGAAGCCAGCAUCAGGCUUUGCUGGAAGCCAUGGAACAGCAAAGUAUCAGCCUUGCCAAGGCUGGUAUUGUUUGCAGUUUGCCAGCCAGAACAUCUAUUGUUGCUGCAGCAAACCCAGUUGGAGGGCAUUAUAACAAAGCCAAAACAGUGUCUGAGAAUUUAAAAAUGGGGAGUGCUUUACUGUCAAGAUUUGACUUAGUUUUUAUUUUGCUGGACACCCCAAAUGAAGAUCAUGACCAUUUGCUGUCGGAGCACGUGAUGGCAAUCCGAGCUGGGAAGCAGGCAGCCUGCAGCAGCGCGGCUGUGAGCCGUGCCAACGUACAGGAUUGCUCUGUUCUUGAAGCUGUGUCAGAUCGGCCUCUGCUUGAAAGACUGAAGAUCUCACCAGGAGAAAACUUUGAUGCCAUUCCACAUCAGCUGCUGAGGAAGUACGUGGGUUAUGCUCGGCAGUACGUUCACCCACAUUUAUCUCCAGAAGCUGCUCAGGUCCUUCAGGAGUUCUACUUGGAGCUUCGGAAACAGAACCAGGGAGCAAGCAGCACACCAAUCACCACGAGGCAGCUGGAGUCACUGAUUCGACUUACAGAGGCACGAGCAAGGCUGGAAUUAAGGGAGAAGUGUACCAAGGAAGAUGCUGAGGAUGUAAUAGAAAUAAUGAAAUACAGCAUGCUGGGAACCUACUCGGAUGAGUUUGGAAAACUGGACUUCGAACGUUCACAGCAUGGGUCUGGGAUGAGCAAUCGGUCACAAGCAAAAAGAUUUGUUUCGGCCCUUAACAGUAUUGCAGAAAGAACUUACAACAAUCUCUUUGAUUUGCAACAGCUUCGACAGGUUGCAAAAGAGCUACAAAUACGAGUAUUUGAUUUUGAGAGCUUUAUUGAAUCCCUGAACGAUCAGGGUUAUCUCUUGAAAAAAGGCUCAAGACUUUACCAGCUUCAGACUAUGUGAGAAGAGCUGCUGCAAUAAACUUUGAGACAUAAUUACUGUAUCUGGAAUGGACUGAUGAACAUGCAGCAGUAAAGUGCCCUGACUUGCAGCCUGUCCCAGGAGCACCUCUGCCCCCGUUGUUUACUGGAAGUUCUUGUUCAAUUGGUAAUGCCAGCAGGCUUGCUAGAAGCUAAUGUAAGACAGGCUGCUCUGUGGUCCUGCUGCUUGACUCAUCCUGCAAGGCUGCUAGCCCAAAUGAUCAUAACAACAAAUUUCAGUUCUAAAUUUGAAGUGAUUAUUGGACUCACAAAUUUUAAAACUGAAAUCUUUCGUGAGAAGACAGUGCGAGUUGUGCUUUUAGCACUGCAGUUCAUUUGAGGUAUUUAAAGUAUAGGUAUGUUUCUAAAAAUUUGGGAACUUUCACGUUGAGCCUCUGCAGCUUUAUAGCUGGAAGGAUUUCGUUUUUUGAUUUGCAACUCUUUAUUUAUUGGUCUUCCUGAUAGAUUUUAUGUGAAGUGCAAGUCUAAUUUAUGAAAGUCUCCUCAUUACAAUGCUUAAUGUGUAAAAUGGAAAUUGUCUUUUUAUUUCUCAUUAAAUAUGAUAUAUGGAAAUAAUAUUAAUAGUGAACACUUGUGUGGGUGUUAAUAGCUGUUACAGAACAUGUUCAUGUUACAUACUGUGUAUGUCUUCUUUUAAUUGUUCUGCCACAGAAGGCUGUCUGAUUUUAUGAAAUUGAGCAUGCCCUAAUGCAGUAACAUAGCAGAUGAGAAGCUUUGCAUAAAGAUUUUUAAAAUGAUAGAAUUGUUUUUUUCUCUUUUUAAUUCUAAAUGAUAAGCUGUAUAAACUAUAAGAAUAUUACCUUCAGUCUUUCACCUUUUCCAUUAAGUGAUUUUUUUUUUUUUCUUCCUUCCCCUCUCUCCAUCCCAGCCUUGGACAGUCUGACCUAGGGCAGCGUUGUGUAAGAGAUAAAUAAAACACAGCACUGGAAUUUCACAAGUGGGGUUCUGCCUCACCUCCCCCUGCUUUGUGGAGUUCCUUCACUGCAGAGGUACUUCCUGGCUGGUGCCCCCAUGUGCUCCUACCUGGGGCCAUUCCUCCUCCCCAGUUGCAGGACUUUACCCUUUCCCUCAUUGAAUGUGAUGAGGUUUCUGGCAGCUCCUGGCCCCAACCUGCUGGAUUCCCUCAGUGUGUUUCCACUCCUCCCCUUUUUGCGUUCUCUGCACACUUCAUAACGUGCUUUUUGCCUGGAGGUGGUGAUGUUCUUUCACUCCCAUCUUCAUGCAAACAAAUAGAGGCUACCACCUCUACGUGGUGUGCCAAGAGAAGCAGUAAAUUCUUGAGGUCACACAGAAUUCACCUAUUCCUUUUUAACCGCCUUUCACAGUGGGGGAGAGGUAGAGUUACCAAACACAGACAUGAAUGGUGUUUUUUGUUGGUUUGGUUUCUUUUUCUCCUUUCUUUUGCCAGUUACUGACUGCUGUCUGUAGUCAGUGGAUGGAACACGGAGGUCAGACCUUGACCGGAGUCUGCAGCACUGCCAGGAACUGGAGCGCAAACUUGUAUCUGCUUAACAGCACCGAAUGUCCGGGGCAGAGGCUAAGAACGAGUCAGUUAUGCAACUGGAGAGGUCAGCUCUUGCCCUUCCUCGAGCCAAAGCAAACACGAUUGAGAGGAGCGAGAAGCCAAGUACGAGAGUCUGUUUGCUCUCUGAGAAGCCUUACGGCAAAGCAAACCAUCCACUUGUUCCUUCAAGGACUCGUGAAAGAACCUGUGAGCUAAGAAUUUUGCCCCAGGUGGUCGUUUCCCCCUCCCCAAGUCGCGCAGCUCCCGUCCUGCGGGGAGCAGCGAGGAGCGCCAUGCGGCCGCGGCGGCAGGUAGCGGCGGCCCGGGGUCGGCCGCUCUGCGCCUGGGGGGAGCGUCGAGCCCG